ACAAACCCAGGUCCAACAGAAAUAGAGGUUACUUUACAGAUGAUUCUGGAUAACCAAAGCAACAUGAGUAAACAACUUCAAGAGGUCAAGGCCGGACAAGACAGUCUUAGACAAGAAAUGACAGGCAUUAAUGCCAAAAUUGCUGGGUUUAAAGAUGCCCUAGCAAAUAUUGAAAAGGAAAUGGCGCAAGUUACAAGUCUAAAGAAAUCUGUUGCGAUCUUGGAACGAACCGUAAGGCAGCAAAAUUAUAGGCUUAUCGACUUAGAAAACAGAAGCAGAAGAAAUAACCUUGUGAUAUUUGGCUUACCCGAGAAAGAUAAUGAAAGUACUGAGGAGCUCAAACAAACAGUAACAAAAGAUGUAUUCCAGAAAGUUAUCGGCGUGACCGUAACUUCUGUUGAACGAAUUCACAGACUUGGGCGAAAGCGUGAUGAAACUAGUAGGCCAGUAAUCAUGAAGUUCUUCGACUACAACGAAACAAAUGAAAUCCUAAAGAACUGUAAAAAGCUAAAAGGAACGACACUGAGCAUAAGUAGUGACUACACAAAAGAAACAGUAGAAAUCAGAAAGCAACUUUGGAAAAGCGCGGCAUCAAACAAAGAAAAGGGUGAUAAAGUUUCUCUUGUGCACGAUAAGCUCAAGAUUAACAAGGAAACAUUUGUGUGGGAUUCUGAACUUAAGCAGCGACGUUCUCUUCUGCAGUCUAGGACUGAAAUGCAUGAUUGA